CCAUCCCCCACCUUGUAUCACAUCGCAUCACCUUAGAUCAAGGGUGUCAAACUCAUUUGUUGUGGCAGGCCACAUUGCACUUACGGUUUCCCUCAAAGGGCCGUUAUGGCUGUGAAACGAUUAAAAUCUUUAACCACCUCAUCAUACAUACACAAUGAAUUUAUGAACUAGUUUUGCAAACAGAAAUCAAGGGUUAUGGGUUUUUACAACUAUUGUUAUCUGGUAACACAUAAAUGCUUGUAAUAGCUCAAUGUUAUCAUUUAUGAUCUGACAAUUUGAAAUUUUGGUACAGAUUUGAAAAAAAAAAAAAAAUGGAAGUUGAUACACAUGAUUUACCUUCGCGGGCCAAAUCUGGCCCGCGGGCCUUGAAUUUUGCACCUUCGAUGUUUUGAUGGACUGUGUGUGUGUCCGCUCUUGUGGGGAUUAUUUGGCGUCAUCGAGGGCUGCGAGAUGUGGGAGAUGGCGACCGCGGCCAAGUUCUGCGUGCGUGUGAUCGCUCUGCUCCGAUCCAACACAAACUCCCGGUGAGGUCCUCAUCAGCCAAAGCCUCGGUGAAAGGUUAACCGAAACCGUGCCCCACCUGGCGCAACUUCCUGAAUUUGUUCGUCAUUGGGCCUCCUGCGCUGCGACUGACGCGGUAUUGUGAAACCGGCAUGAGCGCCCCUUUGCUGUUCCUCAUCGUAUGCCCCCCCCCCCCCCCCCAAGUCAUAGCUCCUCCUGUGCAGAAAAGACGGACUUCCUGAUGUUAUGACUAAAUGAAAAAGCGCCUCGGCUAGGAGAUGGCGAGAUCUGAUUCCGUGACAUGUAAAGUACCCUGAAAAAGACUCAGGGCACCGGGAAAAUUCUCCACGGCACCGAUUUCAAUGGAGCUUUGAUGUCGUGUGUAUGUGCACGGGUCAGGAAGAUGCUGAGAUGGUUUUGGAGAGGAUCCAGAUGAAGGUGCAGAUAUAGAGAUUGACUUUUUAUAAGCAGGUGAUGCGCAUGUCUAGGAGGAUACAGAGGAUGGUGUAGAUAGCGGAAUUUACUUUGGACGUAAGGAGUGCAAAAGUUAAUAGAGAAGUGGUUGCGUUUCGGUCAGGACGCUGGGCAAACCCGUGCAGGGGUCAAGCGACAAUCGGCAACAUGGCAUACGUGAAUUUACUGUGUUGGGGGCACGGUGGGAAGAAGCCGAAGCUUUUUGCCGAGCACCUUCGUAAAGGUGCACAUAAAGAAUUUACUUUGUAUAGACUGUUUUCCACCAGGUGACUACAUCCGGGGCACGCGGCCAUGUCGGAUGGGUUCACUAUACUGACGUGUCGUUCACUCUAAUGCUUUUGCAUACAGACCAGAGUUACACAAAUGUUCGUACGACUUAAAAGUGACGCAUAAUGGCUAAAAAGACUUUGGAAAGUUAUCGGGGCUCAUUAGUUGUUGUUUUCAAGGAAGCGUUACGACGAGAAGUGCGCUUUGAUCGACAAUAUCGACCCGUAUGCCUUAGAGAAACGCAAAUGGAGCGCACAAAUGUGGGCGUCGGUAACCUAUCUAGACAUCGUCAACGAUCUCCUCUUCUCGACAAGUGCUUAUACCGUGGACCAACUAAAGAAUUACAAAGGUCUGGAGGCAUCAAUGGCUGAGUUCGUCAUGCGGCGGUAUCCAUUGUGUCUCCACACUGCUAAGGUUAGUGUACCGCACAAUGCAAUUUAAAUAUGUACCGCGUGAUUACAGUCAGCGUUGUGUUAAUUUAUGGUGAUUAUACCAACAAAAGAGGUGUAGAUUAUUAUUUUCAUUUUUGAUACCGAGAGGGAGAGAGAGAGAGAGCGGUUCAACCGGGACGAGUGCCAAGUGGAGCCCGCACCUCUUUUUCUCCACUUCCACGGCUACAUUUUUAACUCAAAUCACGAAAAACAGCUAGCGGUGCAGUAACUCGUUUUUGCAAACUUAUGAUAAUAAAACAGAAAAUACAGAUUUUGCAGAUAUGCAUUGCAUUCACAUCCGGGAGUAUCGUGCUUGGCUGCUAGAUCGGCUCUGCUAAUACGAGACAGCCACAGUUGUCGGCGUUUUGGUUGCUAACCGCUCCGUUUUCUCGCACUGGUUCUCGAUCACAGCCGGCAGUCGAAAGAAUGACGCUUUACAACGCCCGUUUGAGCAACCGAUAACGUAGCAACACGGCGCCGUUCGCACGGCGUGUUUUCGCGAAUUCACCAAACCGAGAUGGCGCCCGCGUUCUAAAUCGGAAGGUGUGCGACGUCAGUCGAAAACAGUCUAUAGAGUGUUGUCACAUGUGUGGGGACAAAUGUGGUGCGGAGGUCAAUGAAAGAAGGAUCUGGAUAAACGGGGAACAUAUUUUGUACGGUGGAUUUACUUUGAUGCACCCUGUGAACAACAUGGAAGCUAACGAAAAAGGGGAAAAUCACCCCCCCCAGAAGGACUUCACCGUACUGGGUGUCCGUGUACUUAUUUGACAUUAUUAGUCAUCAUUGGACUGUGACAUCGCAAUCUGUUGCGCUUUUGGCAGUGCUGGACUGGAGGAAGAACAGGCACCAACCGGUCCAAGAUCCGGGAGCAGAUUCCGCUCGUUUGCUUGCUUUUUUUAAUUUGGCUCAGAUGAAGCCACAUAUUGAUCUGCGGCCGUGAUUCCCGUUCAGACUCUGAGAAGCUCUUAAAUGUUUGCUGAUAUUUCCCAUUUGGCGGGGGCGGGUCCAAAAAAAAAAAAAAAAAAAAAAAGGCAAAUAAAUCACAUGCUGUGAGAGGCUGGCCAGGCCUUCAACUGUGAGAAACUGAGACGAAAAAGCAGAACAAGAGCGGAGGGGUAAAGGGUUUUCAGAUGUGAGUCCAGCCCAGCUCGCGUUGGGUGUGCUCCCUUCUUUUCUUUUCUUUUUUCUUUUUUUUUUUUUUUAAUUAUUUGGGGGAGAAUGGAGAGCACAAUCUCUGUUGCCUCCACCCCCUCGACAAGGAAGGACCGUCCCAGGGAAGCGCGCGUCGGAGACGGGAAGAGCUGCCGCUGCCGAGGCGCGGGGGCCGACGGGCGGAUCUGAGGGGGAACAUCUGGCGAGGCGGGCAGGGGGAGCCUCUCCGUCGGACAUCUGGCGGCGAGCGUUUUCGCGCCGCGUCGCUCUCGCCCCGCCGCCGCUUCCUGUUAUGCCUCGCCGUGCCUCGGCGUCGUCGUGCAGGGUCAUCCGUGCGGGAGGAGAAACCCUGGUUCAUUUAUUCUGACAUGAAGGGAGCGCUUGGUUUGAUUGGGGUGUUCCUCUCCUUUCUCUAUGAUGCCACCUACGGAGAAGUUACCUCACCAAGCGCUUGCGGACAAAACACUCUCACUUGUAUGCACUUCCACGUUUUCUGCGACACGGUUUACGAGGGCGUCACCAUGGACUGCCUUGAUGAGCUCCUGGACCGCAUGUGCCUGUGCAACUUCGACACGGCCAUGGCGGCGCUGAACGCCACCGAUUGGUGCGCCUGGGGCAACGUGAGCGGGUUCUACAGCAACCUGAGCCUGUGCACCGAGAACAUCUCCGACUGCCUGAGCAUCCCCUGGCCCAAUCCUCUAGUGGAGCAGACGUUUGUCGACAUCCACCACAAGUUCUUCAAGGACUGCCCCGCGGAGGAGCUGAGCGACCCGGCGCCGCCCAUCGUCUUCGCCUUGGUCAUCACGCCCAUCCUCCUAAUCCCCGUCAUGGUCAGUCUGGUGGUCCUCAAGACCAAGAAUGGCGAUGGGAGCUCCUGAUCCAAUUUGUGGGGGAGGAGCCAAGAUUUUAACGAUUUUUGCGUUGAUGAGAUUUCGAUUACCGUAGGUGCUCUUCAACCAAAUACAUCCAGGACGUGUUGUUCAAGCAACAAAACCAUUCAUAUGAUCUAUUUUUAUCUGCGUUGUCUGGGAAUUAUACAAAUGAGCCGGGUGACCCAGGAAGGAUUCCGUGGAACCGUUUGGCAGUUGCGCCUUUCGUGUUGUACCCUCUCCACGUUUUUAAUUUCUCAUACUCAUUUGGCUCAUUAGUCAUCAACUUUGCGAACAUCUUGGAACGCGCAUUUUUUUGUCUCGGACUGCCGUCUUCCGUUUCUUUAUCGUUGACGGGCGCGAACGCGCCGUCGCACUCGCAAAUCUGCACGGUCGAGCAUGAAAAAUCAUGCGCGUAAAAUUUGUUGCAAGUAGAAAUACAUACAGUGAAGAAAAUAAGUAUUUGAACACCCUGCUAUAUUGCAAGUUCUCCCUCUUAGAAAUCUAGCAGGGGUCUGAAAUUUUCAUUUAGGUCCAUGUGAGAGAGAGAGAGAGAAUCUCAAAAGAAGAAUCCAGAAAUCAUAAUGUAUGAUUUUUUUUUUUUUCAACGAUUUAUUUGUGUGAUACAGCUGCAAAAAAGUAUUUGAACACCUGAGGAAACCAAUGUUAUUUGGUUCAGUAGCCUUAGUUUGCAAUUACAGAGGUCAAAGGUUUCCUGUAGUUGUUCACCGGGUUUGCACACACUGCAGGAGGGAUUUUGGCCCACUCUUCCACACAGAUCUUCUCGAGAUCAGACAGGUUUCUGGGCUGUUGCUGAGAAACACGGGAGUUUCAGCUCCCUCCAAAGAUUCUCUAUUGUGUUUAGGUCUGGAGACUGGCUAGGCCACGUCAGAACCUUGAUAAGCUUCUUACGGAGCCACUCCUUGGUUUUCCUGGCCGUGUGCUUCGGGUCAUUGUUAUGUUGAAAGACCCAGCCGUGACCCAGCUUCAAUACUCUGACUGAGGGGAAAGAGGUUGUUCCCCAAAAACUCACAAUACAUGGCCGCGCUCAUCCUCUCCUUAAUACAGUGCAGUCGUCCUGUCCCAUGUGCAGAAAAACACCCCCAAAAGCACGAUGCUACCACCCCCAUGCUUCAAAGUAGGGUUGGUGUUCUUGGGAUGGAACUCAUCAUUCGUCUUCCGCCAAACACGGUUACUGGAAUUAUUAUUCAUUAUUUCUUAGUGGGAGAACUUGCAAUAUAGCAGGGUGUUCAAAUACUCAUUUUCUUCGCUGUAGAUAUUGAAAGACGUCACUUAUUUUGUGUCGUCUUGACCAGUGUUCCGUCUAAGCUGCACCACUGCGCAAUUGCGCACUUGUCGCAAUGAAAACCGAUCCAGCGCACUGAACCACAGUCUGACGUCUUUUUUUUUUUUUUUUUUAAUACUGAAGCACAUGAUCUCUAUCAGCGAGGUGCUGCUCAGCAUACUUCUACUUCUUAGUUUACCUGACACUGCCCCCCCCCCCCCGUCUUAAAGGGGCAAACUCAUAAUUACAAACAGAACACACAGCCGUAACUUUAUAUCUGCGGGCAUGACUGACCCCACCCGUACAUUUUUCAAAUGUGAGUGACCGGUAAUAGAAUGUACCCAUCCUAAAUCUAUGGCGUCUAAACCUUUGUAGAGUUCUAGAUCCUGAUCGUGGACUUUUUGCAGUUAGAAACAUUUUCGACCGUCAUCGUCUUGGGGUUCAAGUCCUCCGUUUCUGCCAAUCGCUCCCGGAAAUCCCGACGUGCCUUCUGCGUAGCGACGUAGCUAUUUCAAAAGCAGACAACGGUUUCUUCUGAAGCUUUUUAUGACAAAAAAGCCGAGACUGCCAGCUUCGCCCCUCUCGGCACGCAAAAAACGCUCUUUUUGGUAUCCCCAGCGUACCAAAGCGAACAGACGGGGGCGCUCCUCGGUGGAGACGGGGCCGAAUUCAUUUUUUUGAAUGACAAGACCUUUGUGGAUUGGUCACCCUUAAUAUGAGCCAAAUGACUUUAGCACAUUGUUUUAAUUAUGACAAAAGCGCAAGCGCUUGCUAGCAAUAUCGGGGAGUGACUCCCCCGCCCCGCCCCUCCCUCUUCCCCUUCCCCUUACUAAGUGUUGGGUGGCACUAAGCCCGCCAACCCGCCCGGGUCAGGCAGGAUGGGAUGCCAGAGGUGAUGGAACACAAUCAUCCGGAGACGGAGCCGUCUUUCCUGCUAUUGUCUCCUUCCCCAAUGUUCAGCUUUUCUCCGCCGUCCUCUCAUGGAGAGCUUGGCUUAUAUUUAACGUCAUUUCAGUGACAAGAAGCACAAGAUUGAAAUUAUGUUUCGCCCCGUUCGAGUGACGACAAAAAGCUCUUUGCUCUUUUGGAUUUAGUUGCUAUUUAUAUCAUGUUUUGGUUUAUUUUCUGAUCUUCCUAAAGAGUCAGAGAGGAAACAAUACAAUGUACUGUAUUAUAAUAAAAAAAACAAAACAUUUACAUUCA